AUGAAAUCUUUUGAAAACAAACUUAUAAAAAACAAAAGUACUGAAUAAAAUCUUGUCUAAGAGGAGGUCAAAAUGAAUGAUGAGAGUCAUCCGUCUCUACAAGAAUGCAUAAUUAACAACACCACUUCCAUCGCUCAUCAAGAUUGUGCUCGAGAAGAGGCUGUCUAGGAUGAGGAGGAGAAAAAGUAGCAGCAAAGUCUUUCGAAUUCUUCAAUCAACGGGAAGUUCAACAUCAUUCGAAGACUUGGGCUAGACACCUAAUUGCACAAGUAAGUCUACAGAGUGGUAAACAUCAGAGAUAGUAAAGAGUAUGUCGUGAAAGUCUAUAUGCGAGACGAGUAAGAGGAAUACUAUCAGGAAGUUGGCAAUAACAGGCUCAUUGAUAGGAACACAACCAGAUAGGUUCUUAUGAUUGAGUCUGUUUCAAAAGAAUAAGUAGAUGCUCCCCUGGUUCUUGAUGGUACAGCAUACUCAAACUACUCCUACUUCGUAAUGCCAUACUACAAAAACGGAACUCUUCUCGAUCUAAUCUUGAGCUUUAACGAAAGAAGAUCAAGAAUGUCAGCGCAACUAUAGAAUUAUCUAUGGUUGUAGUGUACGUUGUGCGUUUAUGAUCUAAUGGACAGAAGUGGUCUGAGCCACUUAGAUCUUAAACCAGAUAACUUCAUCAUCGAUGACGAGUACUAACUAAGGUUGAUUGACUUCGGUCACUUGACCUUAUACAAUCAGCAAUCGAACAAACAAACUGGAACUCCGAAUUAUAUGGCUCCUGAAAUCUACACCUGUAGAAAGAUUAAAUACAACCCUGAAAAAGUUGAUGUCUUUAAUCUUGGAGUCAUCCUACACAUAAUUCUGUUCUAGAAUGUUCCGUUUAAGAGAGCAGUAGAGAAUGAUCCGAUGUAUAGAUACGUAGCAUAAAACGAUUUCAACGGAUUCUUCUCUGCACACAAUGCUCAAGGAUAUUCCCUGGAGGGAUUGAAGCUCAUCUGGAAAUGCCUACAAAAGUAAGCUGCCAGAAGACCCACAAUCCACUACCUAUUGGCUCAUCCUAAAGCAAAGUAAACAAACCACUGCAUAACUCCAGUUUUGUUGCAAGAGAUAAAAUAAUAUCUUUCUUGA